AUGUUCAAAAUAACUGGAAUUGGUAAAACGGACGAGACGUUUAUUACAAAGAUCCUGAGGAUGUCUGAAGGAGAUGCAAUUGAGAGUGUAGCCAACAGGCUCAGGAAAUUGAGGAUAUUUUCAACAGUUGCUCAUGCAGAUGGUGGACUUGUGGUAUCUGAAGAAAAAAGAAGCAUUGGAUUCAGUGGAGAUACAACAGGACGUGUUCCAAAGGGAUACUUCAAUAUGAGGUUGCCGAAUUUAUUUGGACGUGCUGAGAAUCUUGAUGUUUCUGUAUCUACUGCCCGAGACAUAGACAUCAAGUUCUCGAAGCCUUUUAUUUCUGGCUCAUUAGGAUUUCUGAAUAUCUUUGGGAUUGCAAGCACAAUGGCAUCUCCACAUGAAGACUACCCACAUAUCAGAGCAAGUGUAGAACUUGAGAGUGAUAAUCAGAGUGUGUCAGUGGGAAGAGAAAGAAUAGGAUAUUUAGAUCAAACAUUUCUGGAGAUUCGUAAGAAGAUGUCAAUGCUUGAGAUUAAAGCAAAGGCUGGAGUAUUUGAUUCAAAGCCAUGCAGGAUGUUUGUGAAAGGUCAGAUUGGCAUGUGUGCAAGCAAACUGCUGACAAGGAAUGUAUUUAUGGACAUGAAUGCAUCAAUGGGGACGAUUUUUGGAGAGCCUCACAUCGCUGAAAGAUAUUACCUUGGAGAAGGAGUCGGAGGAUACAAGGCAAUGAGUAUAUCGCCAAGCACAUCAGGACUCAAGAUCGGGGGAGGUUCAUUUAUAGAGAUAGCACAGAGGAUUGGCCUAUGUGUUGGAGGUGCAAAGGCCUAUAUGUUUGGGUCUCUCGGAUGUGUUUCUGAGGGUAAGGGAGUUGUACGUGAUCUUUUGAUUGACAGACAAGCAUACCUGACCAAGAACAAUGAAUGUCUUGGAGCAUCAGUAGGAGUUGGUAUAAGUGUACCUGUGAUGAGGUCGAAGGAUGGGCCUGUUAUAAAGACAAGCUUUGCAAUCCCAUUAACAGAUAAUGAACAAGUGCAGAGGUUGCAAUUUGGAUUUGAUAUGGACUUUUAG